AUGAUGAUGGUUUUCAGUAAUGGAGGCCUCAAUGUUUUGCAGGAGGUAAAGCCCUACGUAUACUUGGUUAUGCAACAGUUUUUCAUUGCCGUCAUGUAUGUACUAGCGGAGGCAACCCUCAAGGAUGGGAUGAACCAAUAUGUGCUUGUUGUUUAUCGCAACAUUAUUGCUGCUGUCACCAUCGCACCAUUUGCGUUUUGGUUUGAAAGGAAACAGAGACCAAGAAUUACAAUGGUCAUCUUCCUUAAGAUAAUUGCGUUAGCUUUCCUGGAUCCAGUGCUUCAACAAAACUUCUUUUACAUGGGAGCCAAAUUGACCUCAGCAAGCUUUGCUGCUGCGCUUGAAAAUAUAAUUCCUGCCAUUACGUACCUUAUGGCCCUUGUUCUAAGGUUGGAGAAGUUGGAGAUAAAACAGAGAUUUGGUCAAGCAAGUGUGAUUGGAACAGUUGCAAACAUUGCAGGAGCAAUUUUGAUGAUUAUUUACAAAGGCCCCAACUUGAAAUUGCCCUGGUAUUCAUGGAGAAAAGAUGUUCAGUACAGCAGCACUGAAGAUUCCAUGGCCGGAGGUGCUGGCGUCUCCCAGUGGAUAGAGGGCACUUUUUCCAUUAUAGGGAGCAGCACUCUCUGGUCUGCCUUCAUAAUACUACAAUCAAAUACCUUAAAAUCGUUCCCCACAGAACUUACCCUAACAGCUUUGAUUUGCCUCGUUGGUGCGGUGAUGAGUGCUGUGGUUGCGUUGGUGUUGGAAGAUGGAAGUGCAAGUCCAUGGAUUAUAGGUUGGGACCGCAGGCUCUUUCUUGCAAUAUAUUCUGGGAUAACAUGCACUGGCCUCUCAUAUUAUUUCCAAGGAGUUGUGAUGAAUGAGAAAGGGCCAGUUUUUGUCGGUGCUUUCAGCCCUCUUUGCUUCUUCUUUACUUUGGCCUUGGGCUCCUUCUUUCUGUCCGAGAAAAUAUCAUUGGGAAUGGCUAUUGGGUCAAUUAUAAUGGUGGCAGGCCUCUAUGCUCUUCUAUGGGGCACUAGCAAGGAUCCACUAUCUCAGCAAAAUGAAAGAGUUGAAGGGGAGCAAGAGCUAUCCUUGUCUACAGCUACAUUGGUUGGUAAUUCCCAACCCACACGGCAAUCUAAUAUACUUGACAAGUCGAUGUCAGUAUAG